AUGGCUGGAGACGAGCCACUCCUGGCCGCACGGCCAUCUUCCGAACAUUCUAUUCAAUAUGCCGAAGAAGAAAAUUCCCUGCUGACCGGCGCUCGGGCUCCCCAUCGGCAAACACGACGGGGCUGGGCCUUUUGGAGAGAGGUCGGAGUUUUCGCAUGGGCAAUUAUCGCUACGAUUCUCGUCAUUGUCCUAGCUGUGGUCUACCAGCACGAAUCUGCCAAAGGCCACCAUGAGUCACGAAAUAACUGGGGUCCGGGCGGAAAGCCGACUGGCAAGCGGAACCUGAUCUUCAUGGUUUCCGAUGGAAUGGGCCCCACUAGUCUUUCCAUGACAAGGAGCUAUCGCCAGCACACUGAGGGUCUGCCUAUCGACGAUGUUCUGGUUCUAGAUAAGCACCAUAUUGGUAACUCACGGACACGCUCUAGCAACAGCCUGGUGACGGACUCGGCCGCUGGUGCGACUGCCUUCUCCUGUGGCUUCAAGAGCUAUAAUGAAGCUAUUUCAGUUACCCCCAAUCACUCUCCUUGCGGAACUGUCCUCGAGGCUGCCCACUUGGCAGGCUACAAGACAGGUCUGGUCGUCACAACACGCUUGACUGAUGCCACCCCGGCUUGCUUUGCUGCCCACGCCAGCCUGCGACGGUAUGAGGACAGCAUUGCCGAGCAGGAAGUUGGUGAGCAUCCUCUGGGCCGGGUUGUUGAUCUCAUGAUGGGCGGUGGACGAUGCCAUUUCCUCCCCAACACCACAGACGAUAGCUGCCGUGGCGACGACCGCGAUAUUGUUGAGGUUGCGUCCAAGAACGGCUUCAAUUAUCUCUCGGAUCGGGCUGGCUUUGAUUCUCUCAAUGGUGGCACCGAUGCGAAGCUGCCUCUUUUGGCUCUUUUCGCGGACAAGGAUAUUCCUUAUGAGGUCGAUCGCCGCUACCAGAACGACAAGUAUCCCUCCCUGGAGGAAAUGACUCGCACUGCCUUGACUAUUCUGAGUGAAGCAACACGCGAUAGCGAACAGGGUUUCUUCAUCAUGAUCGAGGGAUCGCGCAUCGAUCAUGCUGGCCACGGUAACGACCCUGCUGCUCAGGUGCACGAGGUUAUGGCGUACGACAGGGCAUUUGCGGCUGUGCUGGAAUUCCUGGAGAAUGACACGACCCCUGGUGUUGUUGUGAGCACUUCUGAUCACGAGACUGGUGGUCUGGCUGCUGCGCGUCAACUUCACAAGAGCUACCCCGAGUACCUCUGGCUGCCCGGCGAAUUGGCCAAGUCCAAGCACUCAAGUGAAUAUGCCGGUGCCAAGUUGACUGAAUACCUCUCCGGAACGGGCAAGGACGACAAAGAGUCCAAGCAGCGAGACUACAUUCGCAAGACCUUGUUGGAGGAGGACCUGGGCAUCACAGACGCUACGGACGAGGAGGUGGAAAGCGUUCUCCACCCUGACCCUCAAGUCAGCCCUACCUAUGUCUUUGCUGAUAUCGUCAGCCGUCGAGCCCAGAUCGGCUGGUCCACUCACGGCCACUCAGCCGUCGACGUCAACAUCUACGCUUCCUCCUCCCAGGACGCCUGGCCCUUGAUGGGAAACCACGAGAACAUCGAAGUCGGUCACUUCCUCGCUGACUACCUAGACCUCGACGUUGGCGCAGUUACCAAGCGCCUCCAGGCCUCAUCCUACUGGACGGCCUCCGGCGAAGAAACCACCGACCAAGAGAAGUACAGCUGGCUGGGUAACCCAGUAGGCUCGGACGUCCGACUUGAAGGCCUGGAUACCUACCAUGGCGACUUCCGCAAGCGAUCCACCGACGAAUGUGGAUGCGGCGAACUCCACUAA